AUGGGCCCAUCGAUUGACGUCGUCGGGCUCAUCGAGGCUUUGCUUCGAUCCCGGGCUGGUUCGGGUUCCGAACCACCCUCUCCCGAGGCUGCACACGCUGCUGCAGCAAGUCCUGUGGUCCGUGCUACAGAUGCUGCAGGAGACGGCGCCAAGCAGGCGGUUGUAGCAGCAGGAUCUCGCGUGUCCCCUGCUACAGCCGCCUGGCCCCGUGCUGUUGCUGCAGAAGCGACAGCUGCUACAGCAGCAUUCGCUCAAAGGGGUCUGGCUGGCAUAAGAAAGCAAACCACUUGUACUGCUGCUGCUAUGGCUUCUACUGCUACUGCUACUGCUACUGCUGCUGCUACUGCUACUGCUGCUGCUAUGGCUUCUACUGCUACUGCUGCUGCUGCUGCUACUCCUGCUACUGGUACUGCUGCUACUGCUUCUGCUGCUACUGCUUCUGCUGCUACUGUUGCUGCUACUCCUACUGCUGCUGCUAAUGCUGCUGCUGCUGCUACUCACAGCAGCACGCCAAGCAACGUCCCAAGCACCAGCUUCCCCACGUGCACACGUGAAACCCUCCCCACCCAGCAUGCAGCCCUGCUGUCCUCGCUCUCCGCCCUCCAGGCCAGAGUAUCCGCGUUACACGCACUCGUCCGUAUCCUUUCACAGCAGAAACAGGAGGGGUUGGAGAAGGUGAAGGGGCAGCAAGAACAGGUGGAGGAGGAGGAGGAGGAGGAGGAGGAGGAGGAGGAGGAGGAGGAGGAGGAGGAGGAGGAGGAGGAGGAGGAGGAGAAAGAGCAGCAGGAGGUGGAGGACGACGAGAAAGAGAAGCAGCAGGAGGAGGAGGAGGGAGAGGAGAAAGAGGAUGAGGAGGAGGAGGAGGAUGAGGAGGAGGAGGAGGAGGAGGAGGAGGAGGAGGAGGAGGAGGAGGAGGAGGAGGAGGAGGAAGAAGAAGAAAAGGAAGAGGCAGAAAAGGAGGAGGAACAGGAACAGCCACAGCAGCAGACGGGGAAGCAGCAUCAGCAGCAGGCACAUGAAGGAAAGGAGAAGGAGCGGAAUGAGGAGUACGACGUGAAGCAGGAUCACGAGGAGCAGGAGAAGCAGACUCAGGAGAAGCAGACUCAGGAGAAGCAGACUCAGGAGAAGCAGGCUCAGGAGAAGCAGGCUCAGGAGAAGCAGUGGGAGCAACAGCGGGACAUGGUGGCAGUGGCGAUUGUUGGCAUGAUCAAGAACCUCGCAGUGGCUGCUGCCAGCCUGCUGCCUCCCCACCAACAGCUCAGCGCACUCCGCCCCCUGCUCCAUCUGCUGCCAAGCCUGCAGGUUGCUUCGACUUUGCCGAGGCAGGAUCUGCCGAGCCAGAUUCUGCCGAACCAAGCUUUGCCAAACCAGGCUGUGCCGAGCCGAGGGAUAAAGAAAGGUUCGGGUCCGAUGGCUUGGGGAGAGGCAGGAGGUAAGGAUGAGGAGGAGAAGGGCGAGGGGAAUGAGGGAGGUAGACACAGCAGAGGUGAGGAGAAAGAGGAUGAAGUGGACGGAAAGGAUGAGGGGGGGAAUGUUGGUGAUGGUGACAACGACAAUGUUGAGGACGAUAUGGAGGAUAAAGAGGUAGAGGAAGAGGAAGAGGAAGAGGAAGAGGAAGAGGAAGAGGAAGAGGAAGAGGAAGAGGAAGUGGAAGAGGAAGAUGAAGAGGAAGAGGAAGAGGAAGAGGAAGAGGAAGAGGAAGAGGAGAAGGGAGGGGCAGACGACAAAGAAGAGGUAGAGGGAGAAGGUGCGGCGGAGGAAGAGGAUGCAAGGGAGGAGCAGAAUGGGUUGCAGGAGAGGGAACGACUGCAAGUGGGAGCAAGAGGAGGCAAGGAGGUGCAACCGCAGCCACAGUUCACAGAUUCAAGUCAUUCGAUCAUCAAGGAGCGACACAAUGCUCUCCAAACAAGGCCUCCCGGUGAAGAGUCCGCUGAAAUGGAUCUCUUGGCGAGGGAAACCGGGCAGAAGCGCAAGCAGCACGAGGGGGGGCAUUGGGACGGGGAGGAGGGCGAUGGGAAGCAGCAUGAGGGGGAGGUUACUCCUUGUAGGCGCAAGAACACCUCCCCCAUGACCUUCAGCUGCCCAGAGCCCGGCUGCCAGCACAACGAGCAACACCCGCGCUACUUCCCUUGUCCACUUCUCCCCUUUCUCUCUUCUCCCUCUCAUCUUCUUCUCCUCUUCCCUCCUUCCCCACCCCCUCAGCUCCUCCCCCACAGCCUUCAGCUGCCCAGAGCCCGGCUGCCAGCACAACAAUCAGCACUUUCGCUUCCGCCCGCUCAAGUCCCUUGCUUCGCUGCAUACCCACCACCUCCGCGUGCAUGGCAACAAGCCCUUCACGUGCUCCCGCUGUCAGAUCAAGUCCUUUGGCCUUCAGUCAAGUCCUUUGGCAUUCAGUCCGACCUGCGAACACACGAAAAGCGGUGCGGUGUAAAGCGGUGGCACUGCUCCUGCGGGAACUCCUUCAGCAGAAAGGACAAACUAGACAACCACCUCAACACCUUCACCGACCAUUACCCUCUCUUCAACCUCCAGCCAGUCGAUUUUCCCAUUCAGCCCAAGCAGCAUAGGAAACAGCCUCCGCCACAGACGAAGCAGCUAGAGGCCCCUCAGAGCGCCAGCCACACCAACCACAUGACAUUCAGCCACACGGAUCAGUCUCCUUUCAGCCACUUGGGGCGCUCUGCUAGCUGUGCUUCUGAGAGGAAUCACCCUUUGAGGAGAAACGCUUUGGAGAGAAAUGCGUUGGAGAGGAGGGAGUUGGAUGGAAAUGGCUCAGAAGGGAACGAGGCCAGGAGCGGGCACGUGUCGCUGCUGCUGAAGGAGGCCGUUGGGUCGGAUCAAGAGAUUCCUUUCUUGCAACCAGAAGGUGUUGCACAGGGUCACCAGUCUCAACACACUCAGCAGCCUCAGCAGCCCCAGCAGACCCAGCAAAUAGACACGCCUUUGCCACCCCUGCAAGCUCGUGCUCUUUCCCUGCAGCAGCAACACUCCUCCGCACCCUCGCAGCACCAUCAUUCCUCCCCAGCCCUGCAAGAACCCAAGCCUUUGGAACAAAGUGCUCUUCCCUUGCAGCAGCAACACCCCUCCCAGCCCUCUCCACCUGUGCACCGCCUGCCAUCGGAACGGGCAGUACAGUCAACGCAGUCAAUGCAGUCAACGCAGUCAAUGCAAUCAACGCAGUCAACACAGUCAGGCCGAUCUGCCGAUAGUAGAAGCACAGGCUCAUACAUCAAGUGGUAG